UUUAUGAAACUAAAUCACAAACUUUUUACCAUUAUGACACGCUCAAAGGUGCUAAUUAUUACUAUGUUAAGCCCUUAGUUAGUGAAUUAUGCCAACAAAUUCAGCAAACUAACAAUAUUAAAUUAACGGACUACUUAAUUCCCCAACACCAUAUUCAACAAAAGAAUACUUGCGAUUGUGGCAUAGCAGUCAUUGCCCUAAUCCAAAAAAUUAGUGAACAAUAUUCCACCUUAUCACCUCAGCAAUAUGUUGGCAAUUUAAGUCUUGGUCAGCUUGAUUUUGCCCAACAACGACAAGAAUUAAGGACUGAAUAUUUAACAGAAAAUGGAACCAAUUAG